UGCUGCUCUGCUAGAGAAACUGUGCAGACGAAGGGGAGGGGGAAGCGCGCCUGGAACAUCCGGGUCACUUGCCGCUGCCGCCCGAUUCCCGCCGCCGCCGCCAGAAUCCGGGACUUGCGGGGCCUUUUCCUUCUGCUGCUGCUGCUGCUUCUGCUCCUUCCGCUGCGGCUGCUGCUCCCGCUGACGGACCGACCGAGGCCAUGUCCGGCAUCGCGCUCAGCCGGCUGACCCAGGAGAGGAAGGCAUGGAGAAAGGACCACCCCUUUGGCUUCGUAGCUGUACCCACAAAAAACCCAGACGGCACCAUGAAUCUCAUGAACUGGGAGUGUGCCAUUCCAGGGAAGAAAGGGACCCCGUGGGAAGGAGGCUUGUUCAAAUUAUGCAUGCUGUUCAAGGACGAUUAUCCCUCCUCGCCGCCCAAAUGCAAAUUUGAGCCUCCAUUAUUCCACCCGAAUGUGUACCCUUCGGGCACGGUGUGUCUGUCCAUCCUAGAAGAGGAUAAGGAUUGGAGGCCUGCCAUCACGAUCCAACAGAUUUUGUUAGGAAUUCAAGAACUCCUAAAUGAGCCGAAUAUUCAAGACCCAGCUCAAGCGGAGGCCUACACCAUUUACUGCCAAAACAGGGUGGAAUAUGAAAAGAGGGUUCGAGCACAAGCCAAGAAGUUUGCACCGUCAUAAGCUCCCGUCGUGCCGCAUCUGCAAGGGAUUCCUUUGGCAAGGACUUGUUUACAGAACUUUUGCAGCUCUAAUGUCGCUAUGUACAAUUAAUGGUCAUGUAUAGUCAAUGUGCCAAUUAAUAGCCAUUUAAUAGUCAAUGGGCCAGUUUUCCAUAUUCGCCAGUUGUAUACAGUUCUAAAUUUGCUGAAUCGCCCCCAGUUUUUUCAUACUGGGUCUCUUCCGUCUUUUGUAUUUUUGGUUGUUAUAUAAAACUUGCUAGAGAAACUGUGCGGUUGUGCUCCUUCCUUAUCUCUACCCAUACUCACACAGUAUUGUAAUGAGGGUUUAUGCCCGAACUGGGUCUGGGUGGUUCUUCAUAGGCUUAUAUUGUGUUUGCCAUCUUGGGGUUUUAAAUGAUAUAUGUGCUUGGAAUGUUUUGUGUUAGUUACACUGUUUUUAAACAUUUUUGUUUGCCGUCCUAAGCCCUGCUUCAGUCGGGGAGGACGGGAUGUAAAUUCAAUAAAAUAAAGGACCCAAUUUUUGUUA